AUGUGUCCAAAUAACACUUUUGAAGUGGACAAUGCUACCGACGUGACCGUUACAUCACAGGAGUAUCGAGGAGUAGCUGUCUAUACCUGCUCACCGGCAUACCUUCCCGAUGCUUCCCCUGUUAGUAACUGCCAGGCCGAUGGGACGUGGAGCAAUCCGAAUUUUACCUGUUUUGCUAUGACAACACCACCUACAGAGCCCCAAACUGGCCCCUUGAGUACGUCUUCUAAACCUGAUGCUUUGUCGUCUACUUCUCCUUCUCCUUCGGCAGGUGAAAUAUCUACACAGCCUUCUGAAGGUGAGCCGCAGCCCAAGCCAAAUGUUGCUGCCAUUGCUGGAGGUAUUUCAGCGACUCUGAUUGUCAUUAUAUUGCUCAUCUUAGCUGUUGCUCUUGCCAGAAAAAGAAAAAGACCUAGUUCGAAAAAUGGCCAAGAGAUGAUCUUAGGAAAUGAACAGGAUUUAAAGCCAGAGGCAAACAAUUAUUCCAUAGUCGACAAUAGAAAGCCUGUGACAACAGCAGGAACAGACAAUAGGGCCUUUGCAGGAGACACCACGGGGAAUGGUCACGUGAAUGUGAUUGUCCAAUCAGAACCAGAAACAAGAAACGCGCCAUCUGAAGAUGAGACUCAAUUUGUUGGCGCAGAUAUAGUGGAAAACGCUCUCUAUGGAGCAAAUGAGUCGGCGUCAGGACAAGGGUCUCGAGAUGGCACGCCGAACGUGCAGUUGCUUGGGGUUGCUGCGAGGUAUGUCGUCACUGAUGAUUUGCCGAUCCCGAAUGUACAACUUGAAGGGGCUUUAUCCAAGUCCAUUCCGACAUAUGGGCGGGUCGAUAAAUCUCAAAGCCAAAUGGUGGAGAAUGAACUGUACGGAGAAACCGACGGAAGUGAUAGACACCAAAUGUAUGAAAAAACUGGCAUUGACCUCAAAGACUCCCCUAAUUUGCAGACUGAAAUGAACAGCGCCCCUAACGAUGGUAUGGUUGAUAACGAGUUGUAUGCCCUUUCUCCUGAUGAUGCAACGUACCAAGAGGUCGAGGAAAAUGGCCAGGAGGUGAUAUUUGAGGAGGACAAUGACAGCAUGAUCGACAAUGCUUUGUACUCCGCCUCUGACGUCACAGGUCACGUGGGCCGUGAAGGCGGAACGGUCUACCAGAACGCCGAAUAUCAUGACGUUCCAGAUUAUCUGGCUGAUAAUGAGUUAUAUAACAUGAAGUAACUUCGCAACCCUCGAUUGCCAUGACAAUAUACAUGUAUAUAAGUUAUUUUACAGAUACUAAUAAAAAGCUUUUAGUUCAAUGAAAUUAACUGAGAAUUUUGUUAA